AUGCGAUGGACGGAGAUGCGUCGCGUGAGAACGCGGCCCAGAAGCGAGGCGAAACCGGUGCGACGGGGACGGGACAGCGCGACGGACAAACAAACGUACACGCCCGGAGUUGGAGUCCCCGUCCGCCGGCCCCUCCACACCGCGUGCACCAACCCGGUUCCGCACAAAAGGCGGCACCCCACCCGGCCGGGGCAGAGCAAGAGCAGAGCACACACCAGCAGUCCAUCCAGCCCAGCACCUCGCGCGCGCCAUCAGCUAGCUAGGAUAGGAUUGUCUCCCCGCGCUCACCGCCCGGCUCGCCGAGACCGCGGCGAGCUUUCUCAUCCCGCUCCGUCCACGCCGCGAUCGACACCCUUCCCUUUCCCCCGUCUCCCUCCUGGAAAUUCGGCACGUUCACACCGCCCCUAUAGCUGCCAGUACAAAACAGAGGCCAGCCUUCCUUGCACGGCUACUCUGCUAUCCCCUGCUCUACUCUGCUCUUCCCCUGAGACAGACGGCACACGCCCCGUUCCUUGCCCGACGUCCCGUGGAACGCCGACGCCGGCGCCUGAACCGAGGUCCUCUUGUCCGCGGCAGCUCACCGGAGCACGCGCGAGGCGCCGAGCGAUGAGCUGCCUGGGGUGGCUCAAGAAGAAGAAGGGGUCCGGGAGCGGGAGGCGGGGCACCACGAUGACGACCAUGACCACCACCACCACAACAACAACCACCGGGUCGGCGGUGAGCACGAGCCGGUCGGACGACUCGGGGGCGGGGCGGCCCACCAGCAAGUCCACGGGCUCCGCCUCCUCGCAGCGGAGCAUCUCCUCGCUCUACGAGGAGCGCGGCCACGGCCAGCUGCGGGCCUUCGAGUACGACGAGCUCCAGGCCGCCACCAACGACUUCGGCCGCGCGCAAAAGCUCGGCGAGGGCGGCUUCGGCGGCGUCUACAAGGGCUUCGUCCGCCCGCUCGACCCCCGGGCCGACCGCAUCGCCGUCGCCGUCAAGCGCCUCAACACGCGCGGCCUCCAGGUACGCUCCCCCACCCACCCAUGCCGCCAUGCCGCCAUCCCUCCCUCCAUCUACGAGCGAAUUACGUACAGUAGUUUCCUAUUCUGUUCUGCUCCCCGCGUGAUUCAGUGUCCAAUUAUUUACGCACACCCAGUUUUGUCAGAGUUUUGGGGGCAUCAGAAUGUGACUGAAUCUAAAGAAAUUUCCCCCGGACAAAGAAGCAUCCCACUUAUUUUGAGAAUUUGUUUCCGAUCAUAA